AUGUUUGAAGAAAUUGAGCAGAUCGAAGGGAAAGAUACCGAUAUUUCAGCUAUUUUGACCCGAUCUAUAAAAAAUAUCAUCUAUAUUUUGGCUCUGGGUGAACGCCCAAACGACCCACAUGCCCCAGAUGUAUUAGAGGAGUACGAUAAUGCUUUAAAUGAUCUGAGCAGGGCUGAAGUCGACUAUCUGUUGGGCUAUCUCCCAUUCGUUGCUAACAUUCCAGGCAGAAUCAAGACAACUGUACAACGCGUAAAGCGAGCAAAGAAAGGAGCAGACGAGAUGAUGCUGUAUGGUCCAAAGAGAACUCACAUACCAGGACAACCACGAGGGAUAACAGAUCUACUGCUUGAUUAUCAAAAGAAACCAGGCUACGAAUUCAUGGAUGAAGAUGAAACUCAUCUCAUUGGCUUCUUGACUACCCUGUUUAUGGCUGCUCACUUGACCACAAGAUCUACACUCACCGGCAUGUUUCUGUGUUUGGUAAAUUACCCCGAGGUAACUAAAAAGAUUCAGCAAGAAAUUGACAGUGUACUUCAGGGACAGCAACCCAGAAUGGAACAUAAACGUAAGAUGCCAUACACCGAAGCUGCGAUUUUGGAUACUCUGCGACUGACUUCAGUUGCGCCAAUCAGCAGCUUUCGCAGAGCAUCUGAAGAUCUCGACUUCGAAGGCAUGACAAUUCCCAAAAACACCAUGAUUUUCAUAAACAACUGGCACAUUCAACAUGAUGAGAAGUUGUGGGAGCAGCCAUGGAGAUUCAACCCUGAUCACUUUCUUGACAGUGAGGGAAAUCUUCUGCCUGUUGAGCACCAGAUACGGAAGAAUUCAUUGCCAUUUGGAAUUGGCGCCCGAGCUUGUCCAGGAGAAAUAUUUGCUCGUUCUCGAGUGUUCCUGUUUGUUACCAGCAUCCUGCAGCGUUACGAUCUUCUCCCACCAGCCAACGAAAAAAUGACCCCAGCAAAUUUUAAAAUCCACGAUGAACAUAUUCAAGGUCUUGUUCGUCAAACUCCACCUUACAAAUGUCGGCUCGUACGUCGGAAGACCUUCUACAACUGA